GCGUUUAUUAAUCUCUUCACUCGUCUUGUCUUUCCUCUUCUCUCCCUCUCUCUCUCUCCCACCUUAGGUGCACACUCAGCCAUACGCUCGGCGGCCACGUCACCGACAAGUUCUACCUCAUCACCACCCUCACCGCCCACCGCGCUCACAACGCCUUCGCCCUCUUCGCUGAGUUCGUUGGCAUGCAAUGGCGGCGGCAGCGCUGGCGCUGGUCUCUUCAACAUGCACAACUCAUCACCUCCACGCCCCGGCAGCGGCAGCGGUGGCGGUGGCGGCGGCGGCGGCGGCGGCAGCGUCAUCACGUCCAACAACACCGGCAACUGUGGUAGCGGUGGCGGCGGCCCUCAAUCGGUCACACCCUCCUUGACUUCCGCGCCACCACAAAUGCAGCUGCGCAUGCCCCCACCCACCAGCGGCGGCAUCAACGAGCCACAGGAGUGCCCCUACUGCCGGCGCACCUUCUCAUGCUACUACUCGCUGAAGCGGCACUUCCAGGACAAGCACGAGCAGUCCGACACGCUGUACGUUUGCGAGUUCUGUCACCGACGCUAUCGCACCAAAAACUCGCUCACCACACACAAGAGCCUGCAGCACCGCGGCUCUAGUGGCAUGCUGAAGCGCCUACUCAAGACGUCCGCCAUCAAGAAUGUGCUAGUGCCGCCACACCAUCACCACCACCACCACCAUCUGACGCAUCCGCGCACCAGUCUCUUUGACUUCACCAGCGAGCUGGGACAGCCACCACCAGGCAUCCAAUAGGAUUUCAGAUGGAAUGCGAUUUUUUAGAGAGCCACCGCCAAGUAAUUUGAGCGGCGGAGUAUAAGCGCGCAGCAUUUAAAUGAAAAAAAAAAUAAAAAUUAUGUAAUAUUUUCAAAUUUAAUUAUGCUAAUUAGAUAAUAGACGUGCAUAUCGCUUAACUUAUAUGUUAAUGUAAAUGUACGCGUAUAUACAUACAUACAUUAGUAAUGCUUUAGAAUUCUGUAUAAGUUUAUAAGAUUUUAGGUUUUUUUCGCUAACUGUAAACAUACAUAUGUAUGUGUAGCACAUACAUACACACACACACACACACACACACAACAAACUGAGCGGCUUAGAGCGCGGCCAGUAUCAGCGCAGUUGACGCCCAAGUGCAAUACAGUAACUAAGGUAAAAGUUAGCCCUUACCGGCUACGAAGUGAGCUUUUGAAUUUAAUAUUUAUGCGCUAAAAAAGCUGCUACAAAUUUUGAAUAGUUAGCGCAACAGUUGAGGCUGGCCUGGCAGCCGCUAACUUGAAAGUAAAGCGUGAGAACAGAAGUCUCCAUUGUAAAUAGACACACACACACACACGCGUAUACACUUAGGAACACACAUCCAUACAUACAAUACAAAUGCAGUUUAAGGCUUAAUCUAAAUAAGUUCUUAGCUACAUUUAAUGCUAGUAUACUUACCAUUACCGUUAGUUUUAAUAAUUUAAUUGCUUAUCGCCAAAUGCAGAAGCAAAGCAAAUCUAAAGCUGAAUGCAUCUACCACACUUAACCGUUAGUUUUUUGCAAUAUGCGCGCCACCAAGUGUGGCCGGAAUUUGAGAAGAGAAACAGCUGAGUCAGCAUAAGCUACUGGCUACAGCGGAAGUUGUGCAGUGGGCAACAGAAGCAUGCGAUGGCAAUGGCGAAGGCGUAGGCGCGGGGGCGCGUGCGUUACACGUUUGGUAUUAUCAAUUUGUACAUAUCAUGGCGUAUACGCAACAUUCGAUACCGCUGCGGUGUCGAUUAAUUAGCAAAAUUUAGAAUUUGAGUAGCAGAAAUCCGAGAGCACACAUAAAUAAAAAAAAUAAAUAAAAAUAGUACGCAACGCCCACCGCUGCGCUUGCCGUUGCGCGCGUGUCUUUAUGAAUUGCAAUUUUUUGUUCGGGCAAACAUAGAUAUUUAGUAGUCGGUUUCUUGUGUUUUUUCCAUUAGGUUUUUCUUCCCUCUUUUUGCGUACAUAUGAAUUGUUGUUUUGCUUUCGAGUGCGCUGAAAACUCUCUGAAAAUCAAAUGUAUUCCAAUCGAAAUAAAAAAUCAAUUGAACUGAACACUUCCAAGUACAGUUGCAGUUAAGCUAGUUAUUAGCAAAAAGAAAAAAAAAAAUUAAAACCGAAAAAAAUUCAAAUUAAAUAAUUGAAAAAUGCUUAGGUGAACACAAGAAACUUUAAGCGUGAUUGUGCCGGUUAGGCAUAACUUGGGCAACGCUGUGUGCCAAAGCGGUUUCAGCCGUUUGCAUUUCUUAAUUAAUUACGAUAGGAUAAAAGCGAAAGCAGCAAGGAAAAGUAGUAGAACUAAAAAGUUGCAUAUUAUAUUGCAAAUAUACAAAAACAUAUACAUAUAUACAAACAUACAUACAUAUAUAAAUUAAAUUUGAUUAAGUGUAAAUCUAAAUGAACUUUAUCAGGGAUUAAUAUCAGUAGCAAGUCCUUUUUUCUAUACAAUUACAUUAACUAUAUAAAAAGUAAAACAAAAAAA